AUGGGGAAGACGCCGGUGAAGGCGCAGCCGGGGGGCUGCGGGCUGCGGGCCGUGCUUGCGGCGCUCCGGAGCGCCCGGGCCGCUGGACCCCGCCGCCCCCCAGCAGCCGCCGGCCAGCAGCGGCCGGACCGGGCCGGGGGCCUCGGGGGGGUUGCGGUGACAGCCCCGGGGGCGGCGGCAACGCGCGGCGGCAGCGAUCGCGUCCCUCCCAGCCGCUGCCCCGGGAGCGGCGGCAGUGGGCGAGGGGCUCCGGGCGGAGGAACAGAGCGAGUACCGCCCGCGGCGGGCGGCCGGUGUUUCGGGACCAAGUGCGCGGGCUGUGCCCAGGGCAUCUCCCCCAGCGACCUGGUCCGCAGGGCGCGGAGCAAAGUGUUCCACUUGAACUGUUUUACGUGUAUGAUGUGUAACAAGCAGCUCUCCACCGGCGAGGAGCUUUAUAUCAUAGACGAAAACAAGUUUGUCUGCAAAGAAGAUUACCUAAAUAACAGCAAUACUGCCAAAGAAAACAGCCUGCAUUCAGCCACCACCGGCAGUGACCCCAGCCUGUCCCCGGACUCCCAAGACCCUUCCCAGGACGACGCCAAGGAUUCGGAGAGCGCCAACGUCUCCGACAAGGAGACGGGCAGCAACGAAAACGACGACCAGAACCUGGGGGCCAAGCGGCGGGGCCCCCGCACCACCAUCAAAGCCAAACAGCUAGAGACUCUGAAGGCCGCCUUCGCGGCCACCCCCAAACCUACGCGGCACAUCAGGGAGCAGCUGGCGCAGGAGACCGGCCUCAACAUGCGGGUCAUCCAGGUGUGGUUCCAGAACCGGCGCUCCAAGGAGAGGCGCAUGAAGCAGCUGAGCGCGCUGGGCGCCCGCCGGCACGCCUUCUUCCGCAGCCCGCGCAGGAUGCGGCCGCUGGUGGACCGGCUGGAGCCCGGGGAGCUCAUCCCCAACGGGCCCUUCUCCUUCUACGGAGAUUACCAGAGCGAGUACUACGGCCCUGGAAGCAAUUACGAUUUCUUCCCGCAAGGACCUCCCUCCUCGCAAGCUCAGACGCCGGUGGAGCUGCCGUUCGUGCCCUCCUCGGGGCCGCCGGGCACGCCGCUGGGCGCGCUGGAGCACCCCCUGCCCGGCCACCACCCGUCCAGCGAGGCGCAGCGCUUCCCCGACAUCAUGGCCCACCCGCCCGGAGACUCGCCCAGCCCCGAACCCAACCUGCCCGGGUCCUUGCACUCCAUGUCCGCGGAAGUUUUUGGCCCUAGUCCUCCGUUUUCAUCGCUAUCUGUCAACGGUGGUGCUAACUACGGCAAUCACUUGUCACAUCCACCCGAAAUGAACGAGGCGGCUGUGUGGUAGCUUUAAAACGGACUGGGUCUAAGUAAGUGAUGAUCAUCUAGUCUGCUUAUUGUUUCGGUGUACAGAAAUGAAUAAUAUACCGUCUCUCCUGCCCUAAGACAAUGUGACCUUGGGAACGAACUGAAUGCGAAUGGCUCCAAGGCAAGCUUUGCUCUAGACCAGGACAAUCUUCCUCUUUACGGUUGUAACAAACAGACGAGGGGACUUUUUUUGUACCAUUGACAAAGAAACUGGUGAAGCUGUACAGUAAAGUGCUGCCAUACCCGUAGGAUGGCGUGAGUUUGAUUACCCUGUUGGAUGUCAUCCUAAGAGCCACAAUCCUUAGAAACUUCUCGUUUAAAAAAUACUAAUUGAAUGAAGGAAAGGUCAAAGAAAAGGGGAAAAAAAGCUUGAAGAACUCUAGCGUUCCCGGUUAAGGAUGGUUCUGGCAUUAUGAAUUUGUUUGUUAAUUUUUGUCUCUCAGAAAGUUCGACAGCAAGAAACUCUUUUUAGCUUCAGCCAUUUCAGCCUGCUGAAUAUCAGGUGGGACAACUUUCUUUUUUCCUUUUUGUUUUGUUUUGUUUUUGUUUUCCAAAAUAACAAAUGCUAAAUGUUAAGCCCUCAGCACCAACUCUUCUACCUUCACAAAGCUACACAUACAAAACCUCCUCAUCAUAGCAAAGGUCACCAACCAGACCUCUAACGAAAAUGACUUGAAAAACAAACAAACAAAAAGUAUUCUACCUUCACAGAGAGAGAAAAGCUAAACAAAAAGACUCUAUUGAACUAAAAAACAGUCAACUGUUUACGUCUAAUGUUAAAUUCAGGAGUUCAAUGUUUUACUAAUAAAUCCUGUUUUAGAACCUCUUGUUCAAAAGCAAAAUAUUUUGAGCAACCAACCAAAAUAGUUCCUUUUCUUUUCUGUAGAUGUUAUAACAGAUUGCAGGGCUUGUGGUUCACUGUGCUAGUUUGUAAAAGGUGUUGUUUACAGAAGGCAAAGAAAAAACCCACGAAACCCAGACAGUUGCCAAAUAAAGUAAAUAUAUAGCACAAAUACUGUAAGGUGCUUUGCACCAGCAACCCGAGAAGGUGUUUAAAAAGUGUUACAAGGUUAAAAAAACAAACAAACAUCUUUGCUAAUUUUUAGUCCUGUUGAACAUUCAUGGAAUUGUUAAUAUGACUUAUAUAGACCCACACAGGUUUUAUUUUUGUGUCUUUAAAAUAAAAGUCCAAAAUAUUUAAAUUUUAUGGUCAAAUAUGCAGUCAACAGCUGCUACUUUUUUCUUUAUAUAUUAAAUUUCUCAUAUGUCUUUUAUUGUUCUAAUAAACCUAAGCUUGUGUGACCUCCAGUGCAUAUUAGACCAUUCACUGUAUGAAAGAAAACAUGUUGGAUAAAAUUUGUGCGUUUUUAAUAAAAUUAGAAAAUCUGAUGUUUAGAUAA